UACUCUCAACAACAACAACAUCAGCCGUAUCCCGGUCACCAGCUUCAACCACAUGCCAAAGAUCCGCACCCUGCGACUCCACUCCAAUCACCUGUACUGUGACUGCAGCCUGGCCUGGCUCUCUGAUUGGCUACGGCAGAGGCGAUCCAUUGGCCAGUUCACCCUUUGCAUGGCUCCUGUGCACCUGAGGGGCUUCAGUGUAGCUGAUGUUCAGAAGAAAGAAUAUGUGUGCACAGGCGCCCACUCAGAGCCUCCAUCCUGCAGUGUCAAUUCGAUAUCCUGCCCAUCCGCAUGUACCUGUAGCAACAAUAUUGUGGAUUGUCGAGGAAAAGGCUUGACAGAAAUCCCAGCCAACUUGCCGGAGGGCAUCGUGGAAAU